AUGUCCCCUCUGUCCAGAACAACAAAGCGUUCAGCACUGUCCUUCAUAGCAUGUGGCCUAGCACCGCAGAAAGACAUCAACAUCUUCACCCGCUCCAAGAACGUUGGCCGAUCUGGUUUGCCUUCAGGCUUUCAUGGCUUCCGACUAGAUCCAAACCUAGACGAUCCAGAAGGAAGCACGGCCACGCUCCGGAUCCACAACGAGGACAUUUGGUUCGGCAACAAGCUUCGCAUCCAACGGAUACUUACUGUGUGCGCCGUGUCGGCCAUUGGCAUUUUCGGCCUUAUCAUCAGGGAUGUGAUUGGAGACAUCAUUAGCACCAACGAGCUGUCCGUGGAUGGGAAAUGUUUCCAUGAUAGCUUUUCAUCUUUGAAGGCUUUGAUAAAUUUGAUUAAGGCGCGAGAUUUGAAUUUUAUAAUAGCACUGACGUCAUCCUGCAAUAGAACUCUAACGUCCGCAACAAACAUCAGCGUUGGAAACUGGUCAGCUCCUGAGUCUUCCAUAUUGGAGGCCGCCUGCUUUGACCACUUCCACCACGAGCCUCAUUUAUCUCGGUGUCUGCGACUGGCGGUGAAGGCUUCCCGAGUGUUCACGAACGUCACGCUGGUCGAGCUGACGGAGAUAGGCGAAUUUAACGUGGAUUUUGAGCUUCUGGCUUCAAGUGUCACCGAAUGCUACGCAUUUUUCUCUUUUCUACGGUGGACCGUGCCGGCCACAUUUGUUAUUUUGGUGCACAUCAUCGGUCAGGUAUCAGCAGAGUUCGUGUUGUGCGCCUCGCUGAGCAGUGGCGUCACCUUGCCGGCUCCAAGAAGGUGCAGCACACCUUUCCUGUUUCUGCAGCCAGAAAUAUCUCAGCGACACAACGAAACCAUUGCAGAUCUACUCUUCCUCCUGUCAAAGUUAAAAGAUCAUGUUCAGAGAGGCGUCAACGCCCCUGGAAAAUUAAACCUAUCUUCACUUACAGAUCUCUACACACAGGCUCAUCUGCAGUGUCCGGCAGACGGUCCAAGCUCUGUUUACGACAGCAGACAGAACAUACUGGAGUUGUUUCUGGACUUUAUAGAGCAACUGAAGACCCACACACUUGAUGUCCAGUCCGCACAGCUUGGUGAUAGGACCAGGCGCGUCGUUCUGGGUGUUUUCAUCAUCAUGAUCUGUCUGUUAAGCAGCAUUGUGGUCAUCUCUCGAGUCAAGGAAAUGGGUUGCUGGAUUUUUAUUCAGACUCACUCGCUGGAAAAGAAAACAGAAGAGCUGGAAAAAGAGAGAAAACUGACAGUCAACUUGUUGUACCAGAUGUUGCCUCCUAUAGUGGCAGACAAACUGCGCAAUGGGCUAACCGUGGACGCUGAAAGUUUCGAAUCGGUCAGCAUAUACUUCUCCGACAUCGUCGGAUUCACCACCAUCUCUUCAAAGUGUACGCCAAUGCAGGUUGUAGAUUUGUUAAACUCUCUGUACACCACAUUUGACACGAGGAUUGAGACUUACGAUGUCUACAAAGUGGAAACCAUCGGCGACGCCUACAUGGUGGCCAGUGGCGUUCCUAUAAGAAACGGUGAAAAGCAUGCCGAGGAGAUAGCGACCAUGUCCAUCGAUCUUCUGGCGGCUAUCAAACAGAUUCACGCCCCCAAUGUCGAAGAUGGAAAGCUCAAAAUUAGGAUCGGAAUUCACACAGGUCCGUGUGUGGCUGGUGUGGUUGGCCACAAGAUGCCCAGGUACUGUCUGUUUGGGGACACGGUCAACACAGCGUCACGAAUGGAGUCGAGCAGUGAACCUAUGAGAAUACACUGCAGCAAGGCGAUGAGAGACCAGCUUCUCGUCCACGACAAAUACAAGUUGGAAUCAAGGGGAAUCAUCGAUGUUAAGGGCAAAGGUCAGAUGGAAACCUAUUGGGUGACAGGUCGAACUGACAUGGGUGAGUGUAAUGACAGCAUGACCUGCCUGUGGAUACCAAAGAGAAAGAAAAAGCCGGCGGUGCCUCUCACCACUGUGCAGGAAGUCGGUGACGCCUCGGCUCAACAGCCUGUCGCUAACAACGAAGCCAAAGAUGCGGUACUACCACCAGACGUAAAGGAGCCUUCCAGCAAAGAAGUCGUCAAGAAAGAAAGCUCAGAUUCUGGGUUUUCCGAAGUUAUUGAUAGCUUUGAAGAAACUGAAGGAAGUCAACAAACCAGAAACUCCAAGAAAAAUAAUGUAGCUUCUACUAGUUUAACUUUUUCCAACUCCAGUACUAGUUCAGUCGUAUCAAAGAAUACUACCAUAUUAAAAGAUGAACGUGUGUCGGUCAUCUCUGAAACAACAAAUUCAAUGACUGGUAAGAAAUUGGGAAUGCUAGUUACAAGAAAAAAAGUCUCUUUUAAAAAUGAAACACAUCCAAGCACAAAACAUCUUCGACAUCAUUCGCUGCAUCCACAUCCCAUAGGAUCGACAUCAGGUGCCAACCAGAAGAUACUUUCUAGGUCAAACUCUAAAAACUUAAUCUCCCCUGAUCCUGCUAACCAUGGUCAUUUAAACGUGACCCACGCGUCCCAGGCACAAACGCCAAAUUCUACCACCAGCGCUUCCAAGCCCAAAAGAAGUAGCAAACGUCUGCAGCCUUCGACUGUAAUGAAGAUCAAACUUAUCGGGAAAUUCUCCAGGAUGCGCAGAAAGCACUCCAACUCCCGCUACAACGAGCCCAGGAACAAUAAAAGCAGCAGCAAUCAUCACCACCACUUACAGCAGACGAAAAGGCAGCAGUUCAAGGACCUUCAUGUCCGUAAUCGAAGCUUUACAUUUGAUGCUUCCCGGGUCAGCUUCAACGUCCCCAUGUCGAAGCACGUUAUCAAUGAAGAAAGCGAAGAUGAUAUGAUCAAAGACGAAGGUAGUUCCAACGUUAAAACAGACUCUUUGACUCUUGGCCAAUUAGAAGAUCAUCAAAAAUCAGAAAUACCUAAAACUGAUGCUUGCAAUGAAGACAAACGGGAGAACACUAAUGCAGUAUCUAUUGGAGAACUGGAAGAGUUACACUCCUUGCAUACAAACGCAAUAAAAUUGCCUCCAUCAGAAAACGUUCAGGCUUCAGAUAGAGAUAACAGUUUAGAGUUGUCAGCCGUGUUAGAUGCACCGAAAAGCGCUGAUACUGACUCGCAGUCAGAUACGUUUAUGGCGUCAGUUAUUCCAGAAACUCCUGACACUGAGAUGGAAGAAAAUGAGCGAACGGCAUCAUUCAAAGAGGAGAAGCUAGAGAUAGAAGCUUUACGGGGGCGGCUACCUGCACCGACAUGUGCGUUCAACAAGACAAGGGAAACAGAGACGACAUCUGCCAAUACAACGCAUCAUAAUCUCCCAACUAAAGCAGACACUGAAACUAUAAUAUUAUCUUGCGUCAAUAAUUCUAUAGAUCACUUAGAUGUAGCCUACACUGACCGUGAAAGAAGUGGGGAGUCUAGUUUAAAGAACUUAAAAGAGGUUGACCAAUCUGAUAAGAUUCACGGAACACGUAGCCCCCUCUCUGUCCACAGUCUUACCAAACACCUGGAUGAGAGGAGCUUGCAACGAAGAAUGGAGUCCUACCAGGUACUGAAUCAGCACAUUACCAGACUCUAUCACACCGUAGGAAAGUCACAGCACCCUGAGCAACCUUAACAUCUCAAGGGUCAAGCCAUCACCUGACAGCACAGAAAUACUAUCUUGGGUCAUUGCUAAAAAUAAUCCCAUAAACACGUUUACACUGUAGUAAUUAAAUGACCUAGUCUAUCUAAGUUAAAACACACAAUAUCAACUAUGUUAAGUUUAAAUUAGCAAUGGUUAAGGCCAAAAAUCAUUUUAUUCAUUUGAUUUUUAUAUUUCCAUUUCUUACAUGAUAAAUUCAACGUUAACCAUAAUACAUCUGUAUUUAAACACACUAGCACUUUUUUCCAGGGCAUAGAACUUCUGAGGUAGGAAGACUUGGGUAUAAGCACUGUGAUGGAAGGACUGCGGGAGGAAGCAUUGGGAGGUCCAGAUGGUGAGAAUCACAUGGAGAUCGGCAGCAUGGGGGAGGGGGGGGAUGCCACAACCUCGAAUAAAUUUCUGGCUUUCAAAUGAUAAACUACCUAGAGUGACUGCUGGUGGGUCAUCCAGCCUUCUGACACAGGAAACUAUAGAUGCACCAGAUACUUUCCAUACAAGGCAAGAUUUAGGCAAUGAAGAAUAUAAACUGGUAGAGUUGGAUCCACAAUCAGAGAGUCUAACACUUCAUCAGAAUUACCGUAAAACUACACAAGGCAAGAUUUGGGCAAUGAAAAAUAUAAACUGUUAGAGUUGGAUCCACAAUCAGAGAGUCUAACACUUCAUCAGAAUUACCGUAAAACUACACAAGGCAAGAUUUGGGCAAUGAAGAAUAUAAACUGUUAGAGUUGGAUCCACAAUCAGAGAGUCUAACACUUCAUCAGAAUUACAGUAAAACUACACAAGGCAAGAUUUGGGCAAUGAAAAAUAUAAACUGUUAGAGUUGGAUCCACAAUCAGAGAGUCUAACACUUCAUCAGAAUUACCGUAAAACUACACAAGGCAAGAUUUGGGCAAUGAAGAAUAUAAACUGUUAGAGUUGGAUCCACA